AUGGAGACAGUCACAGGCAUCUUUCCUUCCAUCAGUGGGCUCCACUGUAUCCUCAGGAUGAACGUCGUUUUUGUAGCCAUUCUACUUCACAGUCACCUGGAAUGCAGGGAGCCGCUGCUCAUCCCCAUCCUGUCCUUGUACAUGGGCGCCCUCGUGCGCUGCACCACCCUGUGUCUGGGCUACUACAAGAACAUCCACGACAUCAUCCCGGACAGGAGUGGACCGGAGCUGGGGGGAGAUGCAACGAUAAGAAAGAUGCUGAGCUUCUGGUGGCCCCUGGCGCUCAUCUUGGCCACACAGAGAAUCAGCAGGCCCAUUGUGAACCUCUUUGUUUCCCGGGACCUCGGUGGCAGUUCAGCAGCGACGGAGGCUGUGGCAAUUCUGACGGCCACAUACCCCGUGGGUCACAUGCCAUAUGGCUGGUUGACAGAAAUCCGUGCCGUCUACCCUGCUUUUGACAAGAAUAACCCCAGCAAUAAACUGGUGAGCACGAGCAACACGGUCACAGCAGCCCACAUCAAGAAGUUCACGUUCGUCUGCAUGGCCUUGUCGCUGACGCUCUGUUUUGUGAUGUUCUGGACUCCCAACGUUUCCGAGAAGAUUCUGAUAGACAUCAUCGGCGUGGACUUUGCCUUUGCAGAACUCUGCGUUGUUCCCUUGCGUAUCUUCUCCUUCUUCCCGGUUCCAGUCACCGUGAGGGCCCAUCUGACCGGGUGGCUGAUGACCCUGAAAAAGACCUUCGUCCUGGCGCCCAGCUCCGUGCUGCGGAUCAUUGUUCUCAUCACCAGCCUCGUGGUCCUGCCCUACCUGGGGGUACACGGAGCCACCCUGGGCGUGGGCUCCCUCCUCGCGGGGUUUGUGGGAGAAUCCACCAUGGUCGCCAUAGCAGCGUGCUACGUCUAUCGGAAACAGAAAAAGAAGAUGGAGAACGAGUCGGCCGCCGAGGGGGAGGACUCGGCGAUGACGGACAUACCUCCGGCGGAGGAGGGCACGGACGUCGUGGAGAUGCGGGAGGAGCAGGAAUGAGGCCGACCCCCGACCCCCGACCCCGGGCGGGCGCCGCAGGGACAGCCCGGGUGAUGCCCCAGCGCCGCCAUCUGCUCCUCCCCGACGUGUUUUCUUCCACUUUUUUUUUUUUUUUGUUUCUGUUUGGGUAACAAAAGAGGCCUUGAUCUAAAGGUUUCACGGACACUCUGGCAUACCGGGUGUGCCCAUGCUGAUGAGGGGACCUGUGGAACGGUCUCACCACUGCUUUGUGGAAACAAAACAACUGACUUCAUGCCCCCGCUUCAUGAAAACCCCAAAGACAUAGCCGCCUUGUAGUCGCCACCCGCCCCCCGCCCCCGCCCGUCCUCGGACAAUCUCCACUUGGAACCAAAGGACCGCGGCUGUGCCGUCCAGCGCCCCCUCGGCCACCACCGCCUGGCAGGCCGCAGGCUCCCUCUGUCCCCUCGCAUCGCUCAAGUAUCACCAGGUGACCCCCCGGCUUUCUUUGAUUGGCUUCCCGGUCACGUGGCUGUGCCAAGGGCUGUGGCCCAGAGGCCUCCCACCAUGGCGUCCUGAAACCGCCUGCCACACCCGGGCUGAGGGCAGAGUCCGGCUGCAGCCCGGGGUGGCCGUCCGCGCUGAGGAAUGGAUGUGCAAACGCACUGGACCGAUGGAGGACCGGAAAUAAUCCCCGGUGGGAAGGUUAGAGGUGCCCCGGAAGCAGCACACCCACAACACGCCAACGACAGCCUUCACCUGGCCGCUUCGUGGACCUGCGUGUGCGCUCGCUGUCACGCCAGCCGUGUACAUACGAGAGCUGCCUUGUCAAAGUUGUCCCAAAGCCUGUCCCCCCAUCACCGCGUCCCUGGGCAUGAGUUUCCCCGAAAGCUUGUUUUUCACUCACCUUUCCUGAAGAUGGCACUAAAGCGAGGGAGAAGGAGCAUUCUAACUUUACAUUUUAGUCUUUAUAAAGUGAACUGAAGCUUUAAGUCAUAAUCUAGCAUUCUAAUGCCAGGUUGCUAUGUCGUCGCUUUGGAAGUAGAUUUAUGACCUGGUUCUGCCAUUGUUAGUCCUAACCCUGGGGUACAGGUAAUUCCAAGUGUUCUUCUGUACUCGCCUCUCACGUCACAUGAGACAGCAAGACAUUUUAUAAACAACAGCAAAGUCACUAUGUGAUAUUCCCUGAAAUGACACAUUUGAAAUCCAUUCAGUGCAGUAUAUUUUUCUAAGUUUUGGAAAGCGGGUUUUUUCUUUAAAAAAUUAUGGACACGGUUCACUAAAUUCUUGAUUUAGUCAAAAUUCCUAGACGGAAAGAACCUAAACACAAAAAUAUUUUAAAGAUAUAAAUAUAUACUGUAUAUGUUAUGUAAUUUAUUUUAGGCUAUAAUACAUUUCCUAUUUUCGCAUUUUCAAUAAAACGUCUCUAAUACAAUACGGUGAUUGCCUGUGUGCUCAAAAUACCUGCAGUGGAAACGUAUUGUAUCGAUGAACAGUGUGUCUUGUUUGCAGCGGUUUUACACUCUGUCAUUUGUAUACAAAUGUAAGGGUCGGUCAGUGACAAGAGAACUAUUUUUCAUUAUGAGUAACAGGGGUGUAAAUGGGUCAGCUGAUGUAGACUGUAGUGGGAAUAGAAAUAUACGCUCGCAGGGCAAAGAAGAAAAAGUCAAGCCUUUUGUGUUUAUUGCUUUCAGUGCCAUGUAAUCAUAUCAUUCCUCAUAGAAAAAAAGAAUGUAAGGGCUCAGAGUCAGCCAUGAACAUUCACAGGGUUCGUUCACACGUCUGGACACCCAGUGACCACUGGGGGACAAAUUCUCAUGGGCUUCCUCUGAGUGGUUUUUCCGCUUAGAAUUAAGAUGCAUCACUUUGGGGUGGAUGCAGGGGGCAAAUCUGAGAAGAUGGGGGGGGGAAUCUAAUUGUAUCGGCUUUUUUAAAAUACAUGACUAGAAAAUUAAACGGCAGUAUUUUUUAA